CAGGAAACCAACGACACACAUGCAGGGAUGGGUUACAAAGAUAAGGUUACUCAGGCAGUCACAGGUUCUAGUCAAAACAAAGCUCUGCAGUGCUCAUAGUGUAGAGAAAAAAAACACAUUAGGAUCGAUGAGUUCUGGGAUCGAUUGAGCAGCUCCUGAUAUUGACAGCUCAUUGUACAACGAUGGCAGCAGUCGAGGCGACACAACCUGCCCAGGCUGAUAUAGCCAACACUAGCAGCGCGCCGGCCGAAGGAUAUGAAAAGAAAUGUAUUUUCUGCAAGAUUGUUAACAAUGAAAUGGGCACGGAGCUUCUUCACUGUGAUGAGGAGAUCUCAUGUUUCAGAGACAUCAAACCCGGAGCUCCUCAUCAUUACCUGGUCGUCCCAACCAAACAUGUUGGAAACUGUAAAUCACUCAGUAAAGAACACGUGCCUUUGGUGAAGCGAAUGGUGGAGACAGGGAAGGAGAUCCUCCAGAAAAACAGCGUAACAGAUCUCAGUGAUGUCAGGUUUGGUUUCCAUUGGCCCCCAUUUUGUUCUGUCACACACCUACACCUUCAUGUCCUGGCACCUGCAAGUGAAAUGGGCUUCAUGUCCCGCCUCUUCUACAGACUCAACUCCUAUUGGUUUAUCACAGCAGACCAGCUGAUCGAGCUUUUAAACUCUAAAGGACAGACCGACUGAUCACUUCAGAUCCAGGUCCUGCGCUGGAACCACCUUUUUGCAGAUGCCAUUCAGUUGCCAUGCCAGUAAAAAAAAAAAAAAACUGGUGAAGUAUUUGUAACAAGAAACCACUUGGGUUUUUUAUUUUGGUAUGAAAACUUUUCAGACUUGAGGCCAAAUACAGGCUAAAACUAGCCAAAACAUUGUGUGUUGCUGCUUGAGACAGGUCACAAAAAUGUUCGGGGAUUAUAAGUAAUUAUUGUUUUAAUGUUUUUUUACCGAAGUUAAUUAAACAUCCAUAAACCGCUGUUAUGAAAUGUAUUUAUGUUAUGGACCAAGUAGGAGACAGUGUGAUUGAUAUAUUAAUCACCAAAUAAAAUGUUGAAGACAGUCUUUAUUUUGACUGAAUGUAAAGGUAAGCUGAGUGUAACAGUAGAUGUAUUGAGAUGGCAUAACGCAGUUGUAAUACACGUGUUUGAUUUCUUGACAUGCAGGACUGCCUUAAUACUUUGCAGGUCUGAUUUUAUGCAUGUAGAGCUGAAAUCCUUUGAAAAUAAUUUGAAAGGUUGAAUGUGUAAUUCAUAUUUAUUGACAUACCAUAUUGGACGGCUGUGUAAACAAUGUGCUCCUCUGCCAUAUUGAGUUAUCUUUUUACUGAUGGCCAGUUUUUGGCUUUGUUGGAUGGGUCAAAGCACUGUAACCCCUGUAACCUCAUUAACUAUUCACAGGGUUCCUUUACAGUGGUCUUCCUCUGACACUGUGAAGUAUGCUCCAUGAUCAGAAAAAGCACUGAAAUAUAGUGGGGUAUUUGCUUACACAAGCUCAUUUAUUUUUAAUUUGAUGUAAUGUGUUAAGAUAUACUAUAGAGUAUGCAAGUAAGUGACUGUUCACUGCAUGAAGUGAAUACUUAUGCUUUACUGCAAGGCUGCAUAUUAAGGAACGUAAAGACAGAAAAUCAUACUGUAUGUACUGUACGAACUGGUGUGCACUUUAACGGAUUUAAUUUAGAAUAAAUAAUAUAUCACUUGUU